AAGCAUAGAAGCAUCAAAAGGGUAAUGAAAAACACUAGUAGUGUUAAAGAGGAAAAAUAGAGAGUGGAAAAGUGAGAAAGUUUUGAGAAGAGCAUAAUGGAAAUUGUUGAGAUAAGCACAAUAAUGAAAGUGUUGUUUGGAGCAAUUUUGGUGAUUUUGGUUCAUAUUUUGAAUAUUUUGGUGUUGAGGCCAAAAUCAGUUAGAGCAAAGCUUGAAAGACAGGGUAUUAAUGGUCCUUCUCCUCAUUUCUACCUUGGCAAUAUUCCAGAAAUAAAGAGACUUUUACAAGAAAACAACAAAGAUGGUGUUUCAACAUCCAUUUCUCAUAACUGGCAUUCUAAUCUCUUCCCUCACAUUUACAACUGGAAAAAACAAUACGGUCCCAUUUUCGUGUUUUGUUCUGGGAGUAUACAAUGGUUAGUGGUGACAGAUAUAGAUACAGUGAAGGAGAUUGUCCUCCAUACAUCUUUGAAUCUUGGGAAGCCAUCGUUUUUAUCCAAAGAUAAUAGGCCACUCCUUGGACAAGGUAUAUUAUCAUCAAGUGGCCAAUAUUGGGCUCAUCAAAGGAAGAUAAUUGCCCCAGAACUGUACCUAGAGAAAAUGAAGGCAAAAGUCAAUAUGAUAAUGGAGUCAACAAAUGGACUGCUAAGAUUAUGGGAUACCAAACUGAAUAAAGAUGGAGACACUUUAGAGAUUGAAAUUGAUCAAGACUUGCGAAACUUAUCAUCUGACAUUAUUGCAAAAGCUUGUUUUGGAAGCAAUUAUGUUGAAGGAAGAGAAAUAUUCACAAAGCUUAGAGAACUUCAAAACCUCAUUUCCAAGAUAUUUGCUGGAAUUCCAGGCUAUAGAUAUUUGCCAAACAAAACCAAUAGACAAAUGUGGAAACUAGAAAAAGAGAUAAACUCCAAGAUAUCAAAGCUCGUCAAAAAACGCCAAAACGAUGCUCGAGAGGAACAAGAUCUUUUACAAAUGAUACUCGACAGUGCAAAGAAAUGCGACAGUGGUGAUAGUUUCUUGCCGAAUUCGAUCUCCCGGGACAUAUUUAUAAUAGAUAACUGCAAAAAUAUAUUUUUCGCUGGAUAUGAGACUACUGCAAUUACAGCAUCAUGGUGCUUAAUGUUGUUAUCUACGCACCAAGAAUGGCAAGAUCGUGUUCGCGCCGAAGUGCUCGAAAUUGUUGGAAAGGAUGGUAAUAUAGAUGCAAGUAUGCUUAAAAGCUUGAAAAUGUUAACUAUGGUGCUUCAAGAGACGUUGAGGCUUUAUCCACCAGCAUCAUCGGUUAAUCGAGAAGUUUUCAAAGACAUUGUUUUCAAAGGUCUCUUAGUUCCGAAAGGAAUGAACAUUCACAUUCCAAUGCCGAUUUUGCAUCAAGACUCGAAGCUUUGGGGCGAUGAUGCACAUGAGUUCAAUCCGGAAAGAUUUGCGAAUGGAGUGCAAGGAGCAUGCAAGAUUCCACAAGUUUACAUGCCAUUUGGAAUGGGGUCUCGUGUAUGUGUAGGACAGCAUUUGGCCAUGGUUGAGUUGAAGGUGGUGGUGUCUCUCAUUCUGUUGAAGUUUCGAUUUUCUGUAUCGCCGAGUUAUCGUCAUUCGCCUUCCUUCCACAUGCUUAUUGAACCCGGACAUGGAGUUGUUCUCAACAUGACAAGAAUCUAAUCAGAACCAAUGUAGUUUAAAGAACCUUUGUCCCGUUUUCUUGGAGUUCUUGAUUGACCUUGGGAAGGUUAAAGUAACUAUUAGACAAUAAAGAGUAGUACUACAAAUGGUUGUUUUUUGUUAUCCUUGCUAAUUAUGCUGCUGUCAUUUCAUUUCUGUUUUGUGAGAUUUAUUUCUAUCUAGUACGUGAUUGUAAC